UCUCUUUUAUGUUGCAGGCGAUUAGCACCUUGAGGCGAAAGAGAGUCCAGGUCGCGACCAAGUUUGGCAGGGAAUCCGAUGUGAUCCAGCUGAAUCAUCUGGGAGACGAAAUCCUGUGAAGUCCACACCCUAUAUAAUUCCAUAGGGCCAGGGAUAAUGCAAGACUGGAAUAGGGAUUAAUGGGUCCGCCGCGCCAUGGAUCUGGAAAAGCGUCAGGCCUGCAGCUCCGGAGAUCCAGACCGCCCGGCGAUGAGCAGCGCCUUGUUCCUCAGGAGAAAGCCGCCGCAUCUUCAGGGCGGAGAAAGCGGAAAGCGGCUGAAGAAUCAGCGGCCGCAAGAGAAAAGAAAAGGUUGCAAUCUAUAGUAAUCCAAAUGGUCCACGAGAAAUCUCCUGGCAAGAUUAUGGACUUGGCCAAGAAGAUGCUCGAAGAUCCAAAACCAACGCCAACGCCAGAGACUUCUGAAGAGACUGAAGAUGAUCCGGGAAUCGUUGAGAGAGCAUUUCAAGGGGAGUAUCAGACUGUGGGGGGAGUAGACAACGUUGAUCUCUUGCGUCAGAAGAUUGAAGAAACAGGAACAUCCUGGGUUGCAAAGAAUCGGAUAGCACCUGUCGUUACUCUAGUGCAGUCGAGUGGCUGGGGAAAGUCGAGGACUAUCUGCGAGCUUGCAAGUCGAGGUGUGUUCGUGGUUUACUGCUCCUUUGCAUCUGCCACCACUACUUACCCGCCAAGGUCUGCCAUUGCGGACUUCUUCUACACAAGCGCCGUCAGGUUGCUCAGCUCGGGUUCUCGGCUUGUGUCAGAGAGCAGGUUUAUGCUCUUCUGCAUGCACUACUUCUCGUCGUGCAUCGAUGUCGCCGUGGACAAGCAGUUGGCGGCAGAGGACUUCCUGCAGGAACUAAUGCUUGGAGAGGAAUUCUGGCGUCUAGUGCAGGCCAAGAUUGAGAGUCGACAAAAACAGUGGGAACGCCGCUAUCCUGCACUUGAAAAGGUACUGCUGGAGGAGCCUAGUAGAGCGACCAAUGUCUGGGGCGCAUGGGAAGAUCGGGUACAUCGGCGAAUGCGGAAUACCGACAAACUGAAGCAGUUACCGGAUCCUCCCAAAGGAAAACUCAAGGUUUUGUUUGUCAUGGAUGAAGCUGGAUGGUUUGGCAGGUGUGAUGAUCAUCGAGCUUUUGCUGCAUUUGAUCCUGCAAGAAGGGCUGCCAGGCUGUUUCCAGGGACUGGAGAGGUCGUUGCCUUAUAUACAGACACCAACGAUUUUGCUGGGAGCAAUGUUGCACCUCCAUGUAGGCCGCACAGCAGCGACCGAGUAGCUGCACAUGGAAUGGCAGUAUCACAUCCAGCGUACUGCUUUUUCCCGGCACACUCCCCAUCAGACACAGGAACAGGUAGCCUUCCGCUUGCCAAAGUGGAAAAUCUUGGUCGUCUGGUCGCUUAUGGUCGGCCGCUCUGGCAAGCACUGUUAAAGGCUAACGGAGAUCCUCAGGAGGUAUUAACUCUGGCUGUCAACAAGCUCCUUGGCGGCGCGAAUUCGCUCAGCAAAUUUGUGGACCAAGGUUUUAUGUUGGAAGAGGCUCCUUUGGCCAUACUUGGCUGCAGGGUGUGCCUCGACAUCAACCCUCAGGCCAGAGUUGUCGCCGGCUUGGUUGCGAGGCACCUGCUUAGCGUGGUGUCUAUCUCUGACGACCGGGAGCAUGUUUGGACGGAUUGGGCCGUCGAGCCAGUGGUUGCAGCGGCUGCAGCAAUGGCUUUGCGUGCGGGGCGAAAGCGGACAGGGUGGCAAUACUGUCUCGAAAAACUUGAGGACGGGCUGAUGCGUGGCUGGGUUGAUCGAGGUUACCGGGGCGAGCUUGUUGCACGAGUGCUGCUAUUACUCGCAGUGGACAGUCUGCAGAAAGAUGCAUGGAGGUGCUUCACUUUUGACGAGCUAUGCCGUGGCCUUUGCGGCACGUCGCUGUCGGAUCUCAGAAGAGCAGAGCUGGGAGUGGAAGACGAGGAGAAGGGCCUUAAAAAUGUUGGUGACGCCAAGUUUCUUUGCUUGCAGUUCAGGAAAACUGACAUUCCACUGAAGGAGCUCACAGCAGAGAAUCUGCUUGCAUUUGGAAAGGCGGGUGUUGGCAUUAUUUGCAGUGGAGGCAUAGACAUUAUCAUCGUAGGCUUUUUCGGUGGUACGUUCAGCUUGGAGACGAUGACCGCCAUUCUGGUGAAAGUGAAGAGGACGAAGACGCUAGGCGACUUGGAUUUGGCAUAUGCUAAAUGUAGCCCGGAGUUUUCUGGGAUGGUGGCUCUACUCGAGGUACCAUACGUGAGCUUGCUCGUGAAUGUUGCUGACAGUUCCAGUGACGAACUUGGAAACUCAGAACGACAAAGCGUCAGUUUCAAAACUGGGAAACUCGUUAAAGCGGCAUUAAUGAAGAAGAUGCCUGCAAAUGUUUCGAUGGAAGUGGCACUCCAGGAAACACACCCAAAUUGCGAAGGUGUUGAGCUAUGGGGAAAGGAGAAAGGAAUGUUGUCCAGGAGCAAAAGACGUUCCUUACGGAAUGUCGAGGCAUGGAAACGAUAUUUUACUCGGGUUGAUGACGAUCUCCAACACAUCGUGGCUAUUAAAGGCUUGCAGGCAUUCUCAUCCAGGGACCAAGUGAAACCCCUGGUUGACAUGUCUCUGAAAUCCGCUCCAGGGAUGAGGCGGUUAGAGGAGAGGAGUCAGAAGAUAUGUGCAGAGAUGAUGUUUAGCCUUGUCGGAAAGAGCAAACUGCGAAAGGAAAGGAAGUCACUACUCUGUGGCUGUCACAGUAUAUACAGCUCCAAAUUCUGGAAUGUCGCCGGCUUCCAUCGCUGUAAACUUUUUCAAAAGGGCGCAAGAAGAUCUUUUAUUUGACUAAUAUAAAAGUUUCUUCUGGCCAUGGUCGUCCAUGACAAACUUGAUCUCCAGUGCACCACAGCAGUGUGCCUAGAACUCACGUUCUACCGAUACAACAUCGAAUGGAAGCUCCUCCGAAGAGGCUAAGCUAUACGUCUUCAAUUUCGUUUUCUUUCGUUUCUCGACUAACAAAAGAUCUCUUGAGACUAGAUUUUAAAUCAAAAUGUAAGAUAAGAUGGACAUAAGAUGAAUGAGCACAGGCUCUUUAGUUUUA